AUGUGUCCCAGGCGGCGUUCGGAAGCCCAGUCUCAUACUGUCUGGGCGCAGCUGCUGUCCGUCCCCUCCGCGCCCCGGGUCUGUGGCCAGGCGGUUGUGAAGGUGGCAGAUGGCGUCAGCUGGGUCCCUGCUGGGACAGACACGUCCUUCGGAACGCCGCCUGGCUAUGGCUGCGCCGCGGACCAGGCGGAGGAGCAGCGCCGACACCAGGACGGACUGCCCUACAUCGAUGACUCGCCCUCCUCCUCGCCCCACCUGGGCAGCAAGGACACGUCCUUCGGAACGCCGCCUGGCUAUGGCUGCGCCGCGGACCAGGCGGAGGAGCAGCGCCGACACCAGGACGGACUGCCCUACAUCGAUGACUCGCCCUCCUCCUCGCCCCACCUGGGCAGCAAGGGCAGGGGCAGCCGGGAUGCGCUGGCCUCGGGCACCCUGGAGUCCGCCAAAGCGACUGAGCCGGACCUGGAGAAGGGUUUGGAGAUGAGAAAGUGGGUCCUGUCCGGCAUCCUGGCGAGUGAGGAGACGUACCUCAGCCACCUGGAGGCGCUGCUGCUGCCCAUGAAGCCUCUGAAGGCAGCAGCCACCACCUCCCAGCCGGUGCUGACGAGCCAGCAGAUCGAGACCAUCUUCUUCAAAGUGCCUGAGCUCUACGAGAUCCACAAGGAGUUCUACGACGGGCUGUGCCCCCGCGUGCAGCAGUGGAGCCACCAGCAGCGCGUGGGCGACCUCUUCCAGAAGCUGGCCAGCCAGCUGGGCGUGUACCGGGCCUUUGUGGACAACUACAAAGUCGCCAUAGCAAUGGCCGAGAAGUGCUGCCAGGCCAACGCUCAGUUUGCAGAGAUCUCCGAGAACCUGAAAGCCAGAAGCAACAAGGAUGCCAAGGACCAGAUGACCAAGUACUCCCUGGAAAGUGAGUUCCCGUGCCCAGGCCUCUUCGUGCCCCUGAGGGGGCGGCCGCUGCGAGCAGACGGGGCAUUUGCUGGGGGAGCGAAGGUGGUGCCCGCCGGUCGCCCUCUGGACUCCCCGCAGUGGUGUCGGGAUGAGGACAGAGCAGCGGGGCCUGGCAGGGCGGGGAAGGAAGAGGGCAGGACAGCUUGCCACCAGCAGUCACAAACAGGAAAAAUGGUGGACGUGAGCAGAUACCCACAAACCAGGCGUUGCCUGGCGUUAAAAAUGUCAUGCUGGCCCCAGGAGCCCCAGGAGCCCCUGCUUUCAGACGACAAAACACGUUUGGGACAAAUGUCACCCACGCAGAACCCAGGCCCCGAGAGCCUCCUCUCUCUCUGGGGGAAAAGGUGGCAGCGAGGCCUGCAGAGCCCGUGGCCCUGGGUCCAGCCCAGCGUGUGUCUGCGGUGUGCCCACAGAGGGCGGGGCCCACAGAGGGCGGGGCCAAGGCUGCCUGACUCGCGUCCCCUCGCCCCGCUACAGGACUUGCUGAAGCACACGCCCCCCAGCCACCCCGACCACCCCCUGCUGCAGGACGCCCUGCGCAUCUCCCAGAACUUCCUGUCCAGCAUCAACGAGGAGAUCACGCCCCGCCGGCAGUCCAUGACCGUGAAGAAAGGCGAGCACAGGCAGCUGCUGAAGGACAGCUUCAUGGUGGAGCUGGUGGAGGGCGCCCGCAAGCUGCGCCACGUCUUCCUGUUCACCGACCUGCUCCUCUGCACCAAGCUCAAGAAGCAGAGCGGAGGCAAAACCCAGCAGUACGACUGCAAGUGGUACAUCCCGCUCACGGACCUCAGCUUCCAGACGGUGGACGAGUCCGAGGGAGCGCCCACCAUCCCCCUGGUGGUGGACGAGGAGCUGGACGCCAUGAAGAUCAAGAUCUCGCAGAUCAAGAGUGACAUCCAGAGAGAGAAGAGAGCCAACAAGGGCAGCAAGGCCAUCGAGAGGCUGAGGAAGAAGCUGUCGGAGCAGGAGUCCAUGCUGCUGCUCAUGUAAAAAGAACAUUUUGUGAAAACGUGUAUACACAUUUCUGCCGGGGAAGGGGUUAACCAAAAUAGGGAGAGCUACACGUUCCUGAUUUCCUCCGACUACGAGCGCGCCGAGUGGCGGGAGAACAUCCGGGAGCAGCAGAAGAAGUGUUUCAAAAGCUUCUCCCUGACAUCCGUGGAGCUGCAGAUGCUGACCAACUCGUGCGUCAAACUCCAGACGGUCCACUGCAUCCCCCUGACCAUCAACAAAGAAGACGAUGAGUCUCCCGGCCUCUACGGCUUCCUGAACGUCAUCGUCCACUCGGCCGCCGGCUUCAAGCAGAGCUCAAAUCUGUACUGCACCCUGGAGGUGGACUCCUUUGGGUAUUUUGUGAACAAAGCCAAGACGCGGGUCUACAGGGACACGGCCGAGCCCAACUGGAACGAGGAGUUUGAGAUCGAGCUGGAGGGCUCCCAGACCUUGAGGAUCCUGUGCUACGAGAAGUGUUACAACAAAACGAAGAUCGCGAAGGAGGACGGCGAGAGCACCGACAGGAUCAUGGGGAAGGGCCAGGUCCAGCUGGACCCCCAGGCCCUGCAGGACAGAGACUGGCAGCGGACCGUCAUCGCCAUGAACGGGAUCGAGGUGAAGCUCUCGGUGAAGUUCACCAGCAGGGAGUUCAGCCUGAAGAGGAUGCCGUCCCGGAAGCAGACGGGGGUCUUCGGGGUCAAGAUCGCCGUGGUCACCAAGUGCGUGUCCGGGGUGCCCUACAUCGUGCGCCAGUGCGUGGAGGAGAUCGAGCGCCGGGGCAUGGAGGAGGUGGGCAUCUACCGCGUGUCCGGCGUGGCCACGGACAUCCAGGCGCUGAAGGCGGCCUUCGACGUCAACAACAAGGACGUGUCCGUGAUGAUGAGCGAGAUGGACGUCAACGCCAUCGCGGGGACCCUGAAGCUCUACUUCCGCGAGCUGCCCGAGCCGCUCUUCACCGACGAGUUCUACCCCAACUUUGCCGAGGGCAUCGCUCUGUCAGACCCUGUGGCGAAGGAGAGCUGCAUGCUGAACCUGCUGCUGUCGCUCCCCGAGGCCAACCUGCUGACCUUCCUCUUCCUCCUGGACCACCUGAAGAGGGUAGCUGAGAAGGAGACGGUGAACAAGAUGUCCCUGCACAACCUCGCCACGGUCUUCGGCCCCACGCUGCUGCGGCCCUCGGAGAAGGAGAGCAAGCUCCCCGCCACCCCCGGCCAGCCCAUCUCCAUGACUGACAGCUGGUCCCUGGAGGUCAUGUCCCAGGUCCAGGUGCUGCUGUACUUCCUGCAGCUGGAGGCCAUCCCUGCUCCCGACAGCAAGCGACAGAGCGUCCUGUUCUCCACGGAAGUCUAACGGCCCGACUCCGUCUCCGA